GCUCUCGUGGUGUUCCUCGUGUUCCGUGGGGUUGGUUUGUUUGUUCGUUCGUUCCUACCUACCUACCGGAGAAGGGGGCGGGCACGCGGCCCGCCCCGGUUAUACCGCCAGCCAUGACGGAGCCCGCUGGAAUUUCUAGCAGACACGAGAAGAGUCUGGGUCUCCUCACCAGUAAAUUCGUUACCUUACUACAGGAGGCGAAGGACGGGGUACUGGACCUGAAGGUGGCUGCAGAUACUCUUGCUGUGAGACAGAAAAGAAGAAUAUAUGAUAUUACCAAUGUUCUGGAAGGCAUUGGCCUAAUAGAGAAAAAAUCAAAGAACAGCAUUCAGUGGAAAGGUGUAGGUGCAGGAUGCAACACAAAGGAAGUAUUGGACACACUGAAAAAUCUUAAAGCUGAAAUUGGAAAUCUGGAACUUAAGGAAAAAGAACUUGACAGUCAGAAAGUGUGGAUUCAACAGAGCAUUAAAAAUAUCAUUGAUGAUCCCUUGAAUAAACCAUUUUCAUUUGUAACACAUGAUGAUGUCUGUAAUGGAUUCAAUGGUGACACAUUAUUGGCAGUUCAGGCUCCAUCAGGAACACAACUGGAGGUUCCUAUACCAGAAGUGGGCAAAAACGGACAAAAAAAAUACCAGAUCAUUUUAAAAAGUGACUCUGGGCCUAUUAAGGUACUGUUAAUUAAUAAAGAAUCCAGUUCUACCAAGCCUGUAGCUUUCCCUGUUCCUCCACCUGAUGAUGUUACCAAACGGCAUUUGGCAUCCACUGAAAGUCAAGCGACCCUAACACAGAAUCCAUACAGUCAGACAAAUACAGUCCAAAAUAGCAAUUCUUCACACAAUCCAUUUGGACACACAAAUGCAGUUCAAGAUGGCAAUCCUUCACAGAAUCUGUAUGGAGAGACAAAUUUAGUUCAAGAUGGCAAUCCAGCCCAGAAUACGUAUGGACAGACAAACCUGGUCCAAGAUUGCAAUCCAGCCAAGAAUACGUAUGGACAGACAAACAUGGUUCAAGACGGCAAUCCAGCCCAGAAUACGUAUGGACAGACAAACAUGGUUCAAGACGGCAAUCCAGCCCAGAAUACGUAUGGACAAACAAACCUAGUCCAAGAUGGCAAUCCAGCCCAGAAUACGUAUGGACAGACAAACAUGGUUCAAGAUUGCAAUCCAGCGCAGCAUACAUAUGGACAAACAAACCUAGUCCAAGAUGGCAAUCCAGCCCAGAAUACGUAUGGACAGACAAACAUGGUUCAAGAUGGCAAUCCAGCCCUGAAUACGUAUGGACAGACAAACAUGGUUCAAGAUGGCAAUCCAGUGCAGAAUACAUAUGGACAGACAAACAUGGUUCAAGAUGGCAAUCCAGUACAGAAUACGUAUGGACAGACAAAUGUAGCUCAAAAUGACAAUCCUGCACCGUAUGGACAGACAAAUGUGAUUCAAAAUAGCAACCCAGCUCAAGAUUCUACUGCAAAUUGCAGUUUACAAGUGAACACAACAGCAAGCCGUUACUCCCAAUUUCCUGAAUCCAAUUUAUAUAAUGAUCUUGCUACACAUUCAACACACAGUGCAGCUGGCACCAAUGAUUAUACUCCUUUGCUUCCUCAGGAUGACAGUGGUAGUGGUACCAGAAAGCCACACUUGUUUGAUGUUACGAAAAUGGAUGAAUCCGAUGGUCAAAUAUGUAGUGAUCUGAUUGAUGAGUUAAUGUCUUCUGAUGUGUUUCCUUUGUUGCGGCUUUCCCCGACUCCAGGAGAUGAUUACAGCUUCAAUUUGGAUGAUACCGAAGGUGUCUGUGAUCUGUUUGAUGUGCAGAUAUUAAAUUGUUAGUUUUUAUUUUUUUCCUCCCAAUUCUUCCUUUUGGAUUUUUUUUUAUCUACCUCCUACAUGCCUUACACAGAGUAGCAUCAGCAUAUCUACCAGUGGAUUGUAUCUUUUAUUUAGGAAUUUACUUUUUAUAUACAUGUACUUUUGUAAUUAGUUUAAUUUAGUUUUAAGUUUUUGUUUAAAGUAAUUUUUUUUUUUUUUUUUAAAUGAUACUUUUUAUAAUUGUAACUGUGAAUUACUGAUUACAACCUUUGUUGUUUUUGUGUGGAAAAAUUUGAUUUUUUUUUAUGCAUUAUCAUGCAAAUUUACUGUUACAGUGGCAAAAGCAUGAUAAAAAACAGAAUUUUGGAAAACCGUGUUCUUGAUGCAUUAUGUUGCUGGGUUUUCUUCUCCACCCUCACAUGUGAUCGGCUGGAGGAGUAACUCCUACUGCUUAUCUGGAAAUGUGUGGCACACUUCUACAGUGAGAUGCCCAUUCACCAUCUAGUAUAUGGAUCUAUUAUUUUGUGUGACACGAUGGUGCUUGUGUAUCAAAAUCUGAGAAAGCAUGGUGGUUAUCCUAAUUAAAAGAAAUGCAUCUGAAAGUUUGUACUAUUUUAAUAUUUAAUUCUCUUUUUACCUUUCACCUACCACUCUUAAAUGUGUAAUCAGCUGCUCCACCCUUAUUAGUUUUCAGAUGUACACAUUUUGCAGUAACAUGAAAGUUAGAACAUUCUAGUGAAAUUGGAACAAAGGGAUAAGCAUUCCUUCAGAUACUUCACUCUUCUUUUUGAUUUUUGGAGAAUUAGCAUGCUGACCUUCACUAGAGUAUACAUGUGUAGAAUCAUUUAAACAAUUUUUAAUGGUGUAACACUAAACAAGAGUCCCCAGCAGCCUGUCACCUCUGGUGGUGGUGACUGACUUAGAGUUUCAACUGACCAUUCAUAUGAAUUGGUAUGGCUAAGGAAUAGUGUAAGAUUAGCCAUGCUUCCAGAGGGCCCAGACUGUGGAUGACCAGGGCCCUUUUAUUUUGUGUUAAAUCAUUUAAAAAAAAUUGUUUAAUAAUGAAUGGAGAGAUAGCACAUUGGACUCUAGACACUAAUCGCUUCAAUGAGAGAAAAUGGUUAUAAUUUGUAGUGUCUCUUUAACAGUCCUAUACACGAACUGGUGUUUCUCUCAAAAGUUGCUUACAUUUUCUCCCUAACUGCAGUAAUCUAAUGGUAGAUAAGUAUAUUACAAAGAUGCUUGGCUAGUAAUAUUGCACAUCAGACUACACCAGUGAUUCUCUGAUUUAUCCACCUGACUCAUGCUUUAAGUUUUAUUUAAAGGUGUGUAGUGAGUUUAUCCAAAAUUACUGUUUUAGUUUUUUUUUGUUUUUUUUUAUGCUGUAAAUGAUUAUUUGCACUUUUGGUUUUCGUUUGUAUAUCUAGUAUGACUUUUUGUAAUCAAACUAAUGGCUGCUAUGGGUCUAUGCGUACUAUUUAAAGGAACACUUCAAGCAUCAUAACCACUAUAGCCUGACGUGAUGAGUAUGGUGCAAGGAGUCCCCUGGCCCAGUCACAUAGUUGUGUUUUUGUUUUAAUACAUGCAUGGUUUCCUUGAGCAUCAGUAGUCCUUCAAAUCUUUGUCGCUAUCACUAAAUCGUAUGUUGUGAUUCCAUUUUGUGCAAAUUGUCACAUCAUUUAUUUAAGUGUUGACCGUGCCAAUGGCCUCCUGCUCCUAGCAUUAUAGCCACUAUUGAGGGAUGUAGUGGUUAUGGUGCUUAGUGUACCCCUUUGAAUAUUAAAUAGCAGUAAAAUGUUGUAAAUGUCUGAUAUCUUUAUCUUGUUAUCUGUAUUGGGUGGUAGCUAAACGGCAAAUAUAUUUUUUAUUUUUUUACUACUUACUCAUUGCAGAGAAGGUUAUGUCAUACUAUAAGCAGUUUCAUAAUCCAUACACAGAAACGUGUUUUCUAGCCACUGGAUAGAUGGGAAAUUUAAAUAUAUAUAUUUUUUUUCUGAGCGACAGUCUAAAGCACUGUGAUUAACAAUAGAUGUGGCAGUGGAGAGGUUUGUCAGUAAUAAUCUAGGCUAGUGUUUGGCAACAGAUGCCUCUUCCUAUUGUCCUUUGCUGGCCUGCAUUUUUUGUUUGUUGCACCUUAAUUCACUCCAGUGGUGGCAAGCAGGAGUUGUGAAGCUUUACUGGAAUCUAUUUUUAUACUGAUCGUUUUUAUAAGUGCCGUUAGUUCCCAGUGCAUGCUUACUACUUUGCAUGUAACCUUUUUAGUAUAGUUUUCUGUGAAUAAAUACAACUUGCAUGUGAUAGAUUUUGGCCUCAAUAAUAUGCUGUAUUUUUUUUGCAUGCUCAAAUCUUUGCAUGAAACAAUGUUUUGGAUUGCUCCACCGUAAGCCUGCUACUUUAGCCACUCCCCCUCCAGAAAAAUAUGUCCUUAUCAAAUACAUGCACACAACUCUGCCACAGAGAGUGCUGAGAGAUUUGAACUACAGAACACCCUGGGAGAUAUAUUGUAAGAUUAUUACUACCGGUUUAUAGUUUCUCAACUGUAGGCAGCCAGGUUGUGAAUAUUGGGGUUGAGACUGUGUGCAUACAUCUGAUAAGGAAGUCUUUCUGGCAUUAGAGGGUGUGGCUAAGGAGGCAGGUUUAUGAUACAGCAUUACAAAAAUGUGCAAAACUGUAAAGAUCUGAGCAUGCACAAAUAGAUAUCUUAAUGAGGUCUAAAUCUAUGAAAUGCAUACAAUGAACACUGUAGUUACCUAGACCACUUCAUCUCAAUGAAGUGCCAUGCCCUAUAUCCGUUUAACACUGCGGCUGAUAAUAUUGCAGGUCUGUAGGUACAGCAAUGUUGUCGUCAUAGGGUUAAUCUGCUACUAGUUGAGGUGGAUCCGCCAAAAGAGUGGAGUAAAACUCUACUAUUUCAAUCAUAUGGUCUCAGAGAGACCAUGUAAUUGGUGCAGCGGGGCAUUUUGGCACAUAUACACACUAUCCUCCAGGUGCUUUCCUAUGAGAACACUGGAUUGGCUGAAAUCAUGGAUCUCAAUGAUUUAGACAAAGAGUGGAGCUUCACCAAGGAGACUGGCGCUGCGAGAGAGAAAAGGUAAACUCCCCUUUUUAACUGUUGAGUGGGGGCCCGGUCACCUUAACAGUGACAUUUGUAUUCCUAAUGCUAUAGUGUUUUAAGUUGUAUUGGUACCCAGAUUGUCCCUUUACAUUUAAUGUUUGUUUGUUUAAAGUAUACCCUUGUCCAAACAAUGUUAAUCUAACCAACAUUAUCUUAAAAUUCACAUUCAAAAAUAUUUGGUAUGUGAUUUGGGCGGUCCAGAAUUAAAACUGUAAAUAUUGUCCAGGAUGCUUCAAAAGUUUUUAAACUUGUUUAUAUUUCUUCAAAAGAUUGGGUUAUGUUGACAUGUUCAAAAUACAGUUUUGCAGCACAAAUCCUUUUUACCUGCCUGGUAUCCUCUUGUUCUGCCAAUAUCCUUUUUAUUUUUGUGUGUGUGAAUAAUCACUGCCUGUUUAAAACCAAACCUUUUU